ACAAGAGCCGCGCGCGAUUUUUACUCUCAGUCAGUUUAAUUUUCAAUUUCGUCGACGAUAGUAGUACUGCACAACCGCGCGCAACACGUGCGCCAUUUGUUUUACUGCAACCAUGGCCAACUGAGUUCGCCGUCUUAGCGGACGAGAUAACUAGGUCAGAUAAAGAAAGAGUGGAUGGAAGAAGGAUGCGGGAAGAAGUUCAAGUGAUAUAAGGAUUAGAUUGAAAGGAAGAAAAAGAUACCACCCGGCUAGAACAUUUACAAGACUGAAACAAACAUAUUUGAAACACUGUGAUAUCAACAAUUGUGAUUUUUAUACAAGUACUUAAUAGAGAAGAAAAACUAGUGGUCAAAGAAUCCAUCAACGAUGGAUUUCUUAUCUGAAUUCGACGAGGACAUGGCCAAAGACGACACCUACGUGUUGAAGUUCGGCAACAAGGUACAAAGAGUGGGCAAAAUAUUCUCCUACACCUUCUGGAGAACGAAAAUCGACAGAGAAGUAUUCUGGAGCGUCCAGGGAAACAACAAUGAUGGGUCUGCCUGGAUAGUGACUCAGUAUUUCGGUCCUCCCGGAGAAGCCAAAAGAUACCAGCAAGAAGUCAUACUGCAUCAUCCCACAGAGAAGAAAAUCAAGAUGGUUUACACAUCGCCCUGUACCAAGGGCAUGAACUGCAUCAAGAUUUCCAGGACGAUAGUGUGCCACUUUAGGGAUGAUACGAAUAGUUUCAAUUUCGAGUACAGGAUUAAUAGGCUGAAAAGGAGACCCUAUCCUCAAAGGAUCAUGUGGUAAUUCUCAUUAAUCGAGAACCUAUAUUUGAAUGAGAUCAAAUAAUAUGCGUGAUGGUGAUUACAAUCUUGCACUGUGUUAUGUAUGGAGCGACCAAGAAUGAUUGAAAUAGUUGGCUAUAAUGAUUUUACUCGUUUGGUUUAUUAUUAUUACUUAAAUUUUUAAUCGCGCGCCUCGCGAGGUGGAAAUAACCCAUGAUUAUGUAAGUAUUCUUUUUUCAUGUGGAACACUAUCGUUGUAUUGACAAACGGGUAAUUUUGAAGUAAAACUUCUUUACGCGCGAUGUGAGGUAAAUUAUUUUCAUGGUAUUUUGAAGAUGUUUCGUGCACUACAAAACUCCAUCAUCAAUGAAUCAAAUCAAAGAAUCUUCCAAUUUAAAUGAAAUUUCGUAUGUCGAUAGAUUGGACCAAGGCUAACUCUGACAGUUGGUUAGAAAAGUCAAACGUAAGAAACGUCAAAAGUUGAUGAUGAAAUUUGGAGAGUAGGCAAUAUGAGCGACGGUGCACACAAUCCUGAAUUUCUAGUAUAGUAUGACUUUUUUUGAAACUUUAGUUUCGGAGAUAGAAAUUUAAUCGGACCUUUUAAAAAA